CAAUGAAUCCCGGAGCACCGAACUACCAGAUGGCUUCGCUGUACGUAGGCGAUCUGCACUCGGACAUUACCGAGGCGACGCUGUUCGAGAAGUUCUCGUCGGCCGGACCGGUACUGUCCAUUCGCGUAUGCCGUGAUCUGAUCACACGCCGUUCCCUGGGCUAUGCGUAUGUCAACUUUCAGCAGCCCGCCGAUGCUGAACGUGCGCUGGAUACAAUGAACUUCGAUCCGAUCAAGGGACGCCCCAUCCGAAUUAUGUGGUCGCAGCGUGAUCCUUCGCUGCGUAAAUCUGGCGUUGGUAAUGUGUUCAUCAAGAAUCUGGAUAAAAAAAUCGACAACAAGGCUAUGUACGAUACGUUCUCGGCAUUUGGCAAUAUCCUAAGCUGCAAGGUAGCGCAAGACGAGAAAGGCCAGAGCAAGGGUUACGGUUUCGUUCACUUUGAAACAGAGGAAUCGGCUAACAAGUCCAUCGAUAAGGUAAAUGGCAAGUUGCUCAACGAGAAGAAGGUAUACGUCGGCCGUUUCAUCUCGCGCAAGGAGCGCGAGAAGGAGCUGGGCGAGAAGGCGAAGCUGUUCACGAACGUGUACGUCAAGAACUUCGGUGAAGAUCUAACCGAGGAGGCACUGCGUGAUAUGUUCGAGAAGUAUGGCCCGAUCACGAGCCACCGCGUGAUGACGAAGGAAGGCAAGAGCCGUGGAUUCGGCUUUGUCGCUUUCGAGAGCCCGGAAGCGGCCGAAAGGGCGGUCCAGGAGCUGAACAACAAGGAACUGGCCGACGGAAAGAUGUUGUAUGUCGGUCGUGCCCAGAAAAAGAACGAACGCCAGAUGGAGCUGAAGCGCCGGUUCGAGCAGCUUAAGAUGGAGCGUUUAACACGCUACCAUGGUGUGAACCUGUACGUCAAGAACCUGGACGACACGAUUGACGAUGAGCGACUGCGCAAGGAAUUCGCCCCGUACGGUACGAUCACAUCGGCCAAGGUUAUGCUGGAUGAGGGUCGCUCGAAGGGCUUCGGUUUUGUGUGCUUCUCGGCACCGGACGAAGCCACAAAGGCGGUCACCGAGAUGAAUGGCCGCAUCGUGGGCAGUAAGCCACUUUACGUAGCACUCGCCCAGCGUAAGGAGGAGCGUAAAUCGCACCUGGCGAGCCAGUACAUCCAGCGCGUGAAUAGCCUGCGCAUGCAGCACAUCGGACAAGUAUACCAGCAGAGCGGCAGCUAUUUUGUACCUACCAUUGCUCAGCCCCAGCGCUUCUACGGACCGCAGGUUGCUCCGGUUCGCACUGCACCACGCUGGUCCGCCAGUGCUCAGAUUCGCCCGAAUGCCGGCAACCAAAAUGUGGCUGCAAAUGCACCGACCGGUGGAUACCCGGCGAUUGCUGCUGCGCACGUCGCCAACAACCAAUACCGCCAGGCGGGUAAUGUACGCGGUGCUAACCAGCAGGCGCCAAACGCUCAAUCGGCCCAAGCUUCUUCGGCGGCAAUGCGUAACGCUGCCCGUCCGAUUACUGGCCAGCAGACUGCAGCGAACAUGCAAACACGCCCAGUUGCGCCACAACUGGCUGCUGGACAAACGCGCGCACCGAACUACAAGUUUACUCAGUCGAUGCGCAACCCACAGGUACCACAGCCGGUUCCGAUACCAGCACAACCCGUUGCCCAGCAAGCUGUCAUCGUUAAAGGUCAAGAACCACUUACUGCCACCAUGUUGGCCGCUGCUCAACCGGCUGAACAGAAGCAGAUGCUUGGAGAGCGUCUGUUCCCGCUCAUUGAACAGAUGUAUCCGACCCUUGCCGGUAAAAUCACGGGAAUGUUGCUCGAGAUUGACAACUCGGAGUUGUUGCACAUGCUGGAGCACAAGGAGUCGCUCACGGCGAAGACAGAAGAAGCAGUGGCUGUGCUGCAGGCACAUCACAAGACUUCGGCGCAGCCUAACUAA